AGUUAUAAUGCACACUAGCUUUCCAUUAAAAAAAUUUCUACCUACCUUUAUUCUUAUUUGUCUUCAAUCUCCAUCAUUCAACUUACAAAAUCAACACUAAUAACCAUCAUCUCAAUACUCAAAAUCAUUCACCAAAUUCAAAAUGCUAAGAAUAUCAUUCUUCAAAAUCAUUCUACUCCUUACAAUAACACCAAGAUUUCACCUUAAUUUAGUAUCAAGUCAUCAUCAUGAUCACAAUUCACUAAACACUAGUAAAAACAUGUGGCCUUGGCAUAACCACCACAACUUUUGCUUACCAUUUUGGCCAUUUAGUCACUGCUCUCAGCCUCAAACACCAACUAAACCACCACCAAUUCCGAUCCUACCACCGCCAUCUUCCCUACUUCCGGUCCCACCACUACCCUCAAUCCCGACUCAGCUUGUGUUCGCGGAUCAAAGGCUCGCAUUAGUCUACCCAAUCAUCCAAAACUUCAAAAAAACAAUCACAUCAGACCCAUUAGGCAUCACCAAAACAUGGGUAGGUUCUGAUAUAUGUACUUACCAAGGGUUCUUCUGUGAUACACCCCCAAACAAUACGAGUGCAAUAGUAGUAGCAUCCAUAGACUUUAACGGGUAUGGACUUUCCGCUCCAACACUAGACGGGUUCAUAGAUCAGUUCCCUGAUUUAGCUCUGUUCCAUGCCAAUUCAAACCUAUUUAGUGGCACAAUAUCCUCAAACAUAGCCAAACUUAGCUACCUUUAUGAAUUAGACCUUAGUAAUAACAGAUUUUCAGGUCCAUUCCCACAAGCUGUACUAGGAAUGGACAGCUUAAGUUUCUUAGACAUUCGAUUUAAUCUGUUAACCGGAUCAAUCCCACCCGCGAUUUUCACCCUAAAUCUGAAUGUCCUAUUCCUAAAUGACAACAAUUUCGUGUCAUCUUUACCCGAAUCACUUGGAAAAACCCGGAUAUUAUACCUAACCUUAGCCGAUAACAAGUUAACCGGUCCACUUCCUCGCGACAUUGCCAAAGAAUUAGCAGCAUUAACACAAGUUUUGUUAAUGAACAAUCAGUUAACUGGGUGUUUACCUUACGAAAUUGGUUUUCUUAACAAAGUUAAUGUGUUUGAUAUUAGUCAUAAUCUUUUGACUGGGCCCUUACCAUUCUCAUUGGCUUGUUUACAAUCAGUGGCUGUGCUUGAUCUAUCAGAUAAUCUGUUCUAUGGAAUGGUUCCUGAUAUGAUUUGUCAGUUACCAUAUUUGGAAAGGUUGAGUUUGUCUGAUAAUUAUUUCACACAAGUUGGUCCAGUUUGUAGGAGCUUAAUAAGGAAAGGUGUUUUGGAUGUGAGUAACAAUUGUAUACCUGGUUUGCCUUUCCAAAGAUCUGUGUUUGAGUGUACUGCUUUUUUUGCACUUCCAAGGAUUUGUCCUUUCUCUCAGACCUUUAAAAUCAUUCCUUGUAAGCCUCCCUUCCCUUAAAUUUCAGUCUUACAUAUCAUAGCUUGUUUUUCUUUAAUGUACAUAUUUUUAUUUUUUUGGGUUUUUAUUAUAAAUGUAAUCACCGUCGAUGUGUAAAAGGUAGGAUAAGGGGAGGGGAAGUGAGGAAUAGGGCAUAGGGGCAACGACAAACAAAUCCUAAAUUUAUCCUGCUUCCUCGGAAAAAGUAAUACAUGCUCCAACUGAUACAAGGCUUGACACAAGCCUGUCUAUGUAGAUAUAGGUGUUCUUGAUUUCGCUUGUUUUUUUUUGUUUUUGUAUUUUUAGGUUUAAUUUGUCAUGGAUAUUUCUAAUGGAAAACUUUACUCAAUUAUUGUUAAUUAUGGUAUUAUAUUUAAUAAAGCUUACUUUGUUAUUUUUAAG